AGAACCAGGAACGGGAACCCGAAUGGGUACCGCUUGGUGCCCGGUCCAACCAUAAACCCGCUCUUAACCGAGGAUGACUACCCGCAAAUCAGAGGUGCAUUCACCAAUUACAACGUCUGGGUUACUCCUUACAAUAGGUCGGAACGUUGGGCGGGGGGUCGAUUCGUGGACCAGAGCAGGGGACAGGACACGCUGGCGGUAUGGACUCAGAGGGAUCGGGAGAUUGAGAAUCGAGACAUAGUGGUGUGGCAUGUGAUCGGAUUUCGCCAUAUACCUUGCCAAGAAGAUUUCCCGAUGAUGCCAACAUUGAGCGGCGGAUUUGAACUUCGGCCCAAUAAUUUUUUCGAGGCCAGCCGGGUUCUCAAGGUUGUUCCUCCGUCGCCGGUGACAAUUGGUAACUGCACCGCCGCGGUUGCUAAUCGGAUUCAAAUUUAAUAGUCCAUAAUUGCAUCUAAAAAAAAAAUAAAGGACUGGUGUACUUAGUAGUUAGUACUAUACAUUGC